UCAAGUGGUGUCAGUUUUUAGCCCUCAGUAGACUUGGAGACACGUCGAGAUGUGCGCCUUGAACGGGCUACGGCCAAUCGUGCUUGUGCUAGCCACCUCGUUCGCGGUGUUAGGACUCUGCGACACCGCCGUGAACACCUCGGACACCGCGGUGAACAGCUCCAACACCCCUGACACCGUGGUGGGACCCCCUGGAGCCCCGCGCACCAAGCGACUCACCACCUUCGGAAAAUCGGCUAACAUGCCAAGCCCGUCACCACCGCUAUCAGCGGGCAUUGUGGUGGGUGCAGCCGGCAUCACAGAGUGCAGCACCCAGCUGGACUGCGAGCUCAUUCAAUACACCGAGUGCCGGGUGCUGAGUACGAGUACAGGUGCAAGCGAUGGCAGCGGCACGCGUGCCGUGUGUCUCUGCAUGGACAACGCGCUGCCCGUCAACGGAGCUUGCUCGGCCAGACCUAGAGAUACACGAGGCUAUGUGCCAUUUGGAAACAGGAAGCCAAAUAAAGCUCUGCGGACGCCAUGCAAUUCGGACAAUGAAUGCCUUGAAGGCGCCGAGUGUAUCAUCAACCCCAAUGCCACAGUCAACAUCAACCAGAGAAUGUGCUACUGCAUGCCCGGCUGGCUAGAGGUUGAAGGAUAUUGUAACGGUUCUUCCAUAGAGAGUGCAUCGAUAUUGAUCACAUUGACAUUUGCUGUGUUGCUAGCCACAUACUCCCAGAUGUGAUUGGCCGGUCACCCAUACAACUGGUGAACAUCCUUGCAAGACCAACAUGAGACAAACUUGAUGCCAGUUCUGUUCACAUAUUGUAGAAACGAAUACCGCACAGUUUUUAAAAGUGUCUGAUUUAAUACAUUUUUUAAAAUUUAAGAAUCAUGUCUGUUCAACGAAUUUAUUUCUUAAUUCAUUCUUCUUAAUUUAUUCUUCUCAAUUUAUACAUUGAUACAUACAAUAAAUCAUUCUCAACUAUGAAUGAUUGGGAAAUACAAUAAUUAAUUAAGUGAAAUGAAGGUACCUACAAUAAAUAAGAGUGUAGAAGAUUUAAUAUAAUUUAUCGUUUUUAUUGAUGAGGCUCUGCCUAGCAGUGCAAUAAUUGGAAAUUAAAUUAUAUUGAUGUUCGAAAAAUUAUCUUUUCCAAUGUUUGUGAGAAGAUAAAGAUAUCCUGCUUUGCUGUGAUGCCUUUGAGUUACCAUAUAUUUGUUACCUAUAAGAGUCAUUCCACAAACUUUCCUUAUUGUCUCAACUUUUUCAAUCCAAUUCAAUUUAUUUCCAUCAAGAAAAAUACAUUAAUAAAACAUUUACAAACAAUUCAAUCCAUAUUUUUAGGGAAUAAAUAUUUACCCACAUAGUGGUCCGUGUGUGGGGAAAAGAAUUCUUAUCUAUAAUAACCGUUAUCAACUUAUCUUUGAUUACAAUACUAUCUAACUUUUAACUUGAAUCUACAAUAUAUGUUCUGUAAUUAGGAAUUUUAUCAUCUACAUUGCCAUGAUAUAGGGAUAUCAAUCACAAUAUUUUCUUAAUAUUAAAUUUCCUUAAUCAUUUGCAUUCAUGAAAUAGUCAAUAUCAAUAAUUUUUCUACUUUAAUAGGGAAUUGAUCAUCCAAAUUGCCAGGAUAUGGAGAAUUAAUUACAAUCAUUUUAUUAUAAUAAUCUUUGACAUUCGUGAAAUAAUUUAUAUCUAUGUUGCCUACUCAGACUAUGAAAAAAUUAUUUACUUAUUUUAUGAGCAUUUAUGUAUUUAUAUGUACCGUAUUAAGAAUAAUUGUAUGUAAUAAAUAGAACAUUUAAUAGUAGAUGAAUGUGAUACUAUGUUACAUGAUAUAGAUUUCACUAAAACGUUUGAAGAGUUACUAUGCAAUCUUUUAUUUAUAAACAUGCUAUUGUAACUAUCUGUGAAUCAUCAAUCGAAGAAAUCAUGAUUUUUUAAUACUUUUCCAAGUUGUCAUAAUAUGAAAAAUUGUAUAAUAGUUUUUAAAACCUGAAGAUGAUGUUUAACACUGAAAGUAGUGUUGUUUGAACUAGUAGACUAAUUUGUAUUUUUAAUCUAUAAUUCUAUUAAUUUCAAAAAAGGUUGUAUAAUUCUAUUUUAUAAAA